GCAUUCUUUUGAUGCAAAUAACUCUCAGGAUGAUGAGGCCCAUCACUUUUAAAUGGGCACCGACAAUACACUUUCGAAGAUUGUUGAGCAACGUUAACGUGCCAUUUGGAGAUGAUCUUGCUGCUGCUGAUGCUGAACUUUUCGGUCUCGAGGACUUCCAGCACUACAGGGAGUCUCCAGAUGUGAUGGACAAGACUAGAAACAUAUUCUCUGAACCCAUUAAACAUGACACCACGAGCCUCGAAGCUGCUGCCACUACCAAGGAGCCGAUGGUAUUUGUAUCCAAGUUGGAAGAUCCGUACACAAACUUGGCUAUCGAGGAUUAUGUGUACAAUAAAAUGCCAUUACCUCAAAAGUCCGAUUUGCACAGCUUCAACCGCUUAAUGUUCUACACCAAUUCACCUUGUGUGGUGAUAGGAAAAAAUCAAAACCCAUGGAAGGAGGUAAAUUUAGCACUCCUAAACUCGCUUCAGAUCCCGCUUUUACGAAGGCGUUCGGGUGGUGGAACUGUUGUUCACGAUUCAGGAAAUGUGAACUUCUCGUUCAUGACCACCAAAUCUGAAUUCACCAGGUUCAACUUUGUCAACUUGGUUUGCGAGGCUGUAAAUUCCACCAGGUUGUCUAAGUACCCCAUAGAAGUGAAUCAAAGAGGCGAUAUAACCACUGUCAAACAGGAUGACAAUAUAAGUUAUAAGGUCAGUGGGUCCGCAUACAAACUCUCCAAGGGAAGGUCUUAUCACCAUGGGACGAUGUUAUUGAACCUGAGACUCGAUAUUUUGGGAAAGCUCUUAUCAACUACUAAAGAGAAGAAUGGUCUGAUAGAAUCAACUUCGUCAGUAGCAUCGGUCAAGUCGAAAGUGACCAAUAUAGAGAUGGCUUCCGAUGAUUUUAUCAAGUGCGUCUCAGACACGUUCAAAGACGUAUACGGAACAGAUUUCGUGGAGUCGAACUCAAAAACGGCUCAGACCUUUGUCAUAGACAAGCACACCCAACUCAAUCCAAGCAUCACCGAACUUGCAAACGAACUAAGGCUGUGGGAAUGGAAGUUUGGGAACACACCCAAGUUUACGCAUGAGUUUUUCAAUAAAAAGUUUGGUUUAUCUAUCAAGUUUCAUGUGGAUAAAAGUGCCAUAGUCCUGGAUUUUGAGGUGCAUACUGAUGAUAAUAAGCUCACAAAUCAUUUUGAGUUUCUUAGACAAGUUAUUGACGAUGGGCAAGCAGAAAAACUCAAAUACAGAGGUAGUGAAGUAGCUGGACUUAUUACCCACGAUGAAAUCAGCGACUGGAUUGGAGAAUGCAUUGAUGGGUCAGUUUGAUCUAUAUAUAUAUAUAGUCCUAUUACACUAGCAUACCAUUUAUUUGAAAGGUACAUGAAUUACUCAACUGGUUCUUUGAACCCGUGAUUUCCCUUAUAGUUGACAACCUCAGGUGCUUGCCAUUCUCUCAACACCUCUUCUUCAUCGUCAAUAGAGUAGAUUUCCACUCCAAGAGGUCGGCAACAAUCCACCAUUUUCGACCCAUCCAAAUCGUCCUUGUCUUCUCCCCAACCCCACUGAGACAAGUCACCUCCCGGACAGGCGCUGAUGGCUACCAAUAAGUCUUGUUCUGCGUAAACCUCAAAAUAAUCGUCUUUGGUGCUAGGGCAUGCUUCCAUGAAAUAUUGAUCUUGUUCAGUCAACCCGGUGAUCUGAAACACAUUCAAAACAUCAUGGACAUCAAACUCGGUCAAUCCAUAAGGCAUCACGGCUCUUGUCAAAUUCGAGUGGCAGUGGAAAUCGUUGUCUUCUCCACUGAUCAACUUAUCGACAUAAGGAUCGCAUCGGGUUCCUAAUGUGUCAUGGGCUCUUCCACCCCAUUCGUCAUGUCUGGCGUUGAGAGUAUCACCAGUAAUGGUAACCAAAGGUCUUAAGUACGGCAAGUUGGACCAUAACCGAUCAAAAGUGCUGACAUGUGCAGAAUGCAACUGCCUGGUUCUCGCGGCCCAAAAUCUUUCUCUGGGAUUAUGUUGAUUCCAGAUGUUCAAGUCACACACCUGAGGUCCUUCGGGAGUAGUCAACCUGAAAACACUUUUGGCGGGCACCUUGAAGGCAAUUCCGGUUCUGGGCUUGCAAAUGUGCUUCUCGACCAAAGUUUUUUUGCUGUUUGCAAUUUUGGUGUAAAGUGCUUUGUUCGCGUAUAAUGGGGAGCCAGGAUGAGGAUAGUAAGCAGGGACUGGUUUAGGGAGCCCGUAGGUGGUCCUAUCCACUUUUUGAGAAGAAUUAGCUGUCUGUGCGUCUGUGGUCAUGCUGUUUGUGGAUAGUACUGUGGUGGAUGAAGAAAUCCAAUUUAUUUAUGUUUUUUCACCGAUCGGCUAUCCAGCAUCAGAUUUCCGUUCGUGGAAGGCCAAUUCCGUGGUUGCAAAAAGUAUGGUAGUUUUAGUGUAUCUAUAAAUACAAACAGGUAACUAUUCUAUCAGGAACCCUAUUUUAAAGCCCGGAAUUUCUUUUGUAGGCCCCCGUGCAGGGGACUGGGUUUUCAACGUCUGGUUUUCGUUGACGGUCAAAUCACUUUCAGAAGUCCCAGUUAAACUCUCCUCCUCAUGAACCAUCUCUUCAUUUUUGGUUAGGUGGUCCAGUUCAAUCACUUCUUCAGAGAUGUUGGUUUCCUUGUGUCUUCUUGGAUUAUUCAACUUGGUGAGACGCAUCGAGUCUCUGAAGAAGUCUCCACCAAGAUCACCACCAUCCACAAAGUCUACAAUCGAAGGUCGAGUGUUGGAGCUGUGUCUUCUCCCAGGAUCAAAUAGAAUGGAUCCUACCGAUGCAGUUCGAGUGUUUGCAGGGUUACUGAGAAGUAAGGAUUGGGUUGACAGGCUUAAAAGCGGAAUAUUUUGUCCCAUUUGCAUUUCAUUGGAAGAGAAUGAUGCUAUCGAUGUACGACGUGACGAGGAGCUUUCUAUCUCCGACUGAUAGCCAGGACUUUCGGAUUCCCUC